CGUAAACAGCUCGUUUCUACGUGUCCCCCAGCUACGUGAAAUCCCGCUCCCAGCUUCCACAGGAGUAGCAGCGAUAGGUGCAGGGGUGAAAAAGCAGAACGGGAGUAGGUCAAAAAUGGGGGAAGUUGUUCUGCCACGGCGCAUGUUCCUCUGGUGCAUGGCGGUCAUCUACUUGACUGCUUUUGUUUCCCUCUACGUGCAGAUACCAGGUCUGUAUGGAAAUGAGGGGCUGCUCCCUGCCCGCUGGCAGUUGCGAUACAGCGGGAAGCCUCUGGUGGAGCAGCUGCUCUCCUCUCCCACGCUGUUGUGGCUGGGACCUCGGCUUGGCCUGGACACUCACACUGCCAUGGAGCUGCUGUGUCUUAUCGGUGCGGCACUGAGCCUUGCUGCCACGCUGGUGGAGGCUUUUCGAGACAGCGUGGUGUUCUUCUGCCUCUGGGUCUUGUACCUGUCUAUGUAUGAGGUAGGCCAGGUUUUCCUCUACUUCCAGUGGGACAACCUGCUCCUAGAGACGGGGUUCCUCUGUAUCCUUGUUGCUCCCCUGACUUUAAUCAGAGGGUCACGAGGGGUCAGAGAGCACGAUCGUGUCACCUUCUGGCUUACUCGCUGGCUGCUCUUCAGACUCAUGUUUGCAUCCGGGGUGGUGAAGCUAACCUCACGUUGUCCCACCUGGUGGGGCCUUACAGCCCUCACGUAUCACUACGAGACUCAGUGUAUCCCAACCCCUCUGGCCUGGUUUGCCCACCAGUUGCCGGUGUGCUGGCAGAAGCUGAGCAUGGUGGGAGCCUUCGUUAUCGAGAUCGCUGUUCCGUUCCUGUUCUUCAGUCCACUGCGGAGGCUCCGACUUGGAGCUUUUUACUUGCAGGUGCUGCUUCAAGUCUUCAUCAUUUUGUCUGGCAACUACAACUUCUUCAACCUGCUCACUGUGACCCUCUGUCUGUCACUUCUGGAUGAUCGCCAUGUCUACUUCUGGCUGCGCAAGACAUACAAGACUGAUAACGGGAAUGAUGACUCAAAGCUGUGGUCGUGGCUGUGUUACCUGUUGGAGCUGGUGGUCUGGGCUCUGCUGAUUGUUGGAACAAUCAUCUGCUUUGACCUGCAGCUGGAUACAGCUAAGAAAGGCAUCUCCUCGCGGACAGCAUUUACAUACCACCAGUUUAACCUGUUUCUGAAGACCGUCACUAUUCCCUGUAUCUGGAUCGGUGUCCUCUCACUCACCUGGGAGAUGGUUACCUCUCUCUUCAGGUGUGCGUGUGUGUCUGGUUUCUUUAAGAGGUUUUGGGGAACGGUCCAGUGGACGGUGUUCGCGGGGGCUGCAGCUUCAAUGUUUGCUGUCAGUCUGGUGCCGUUUACCUUCAUAGAGUACGAUUCCAACUCCAGGUUGUGGCCAGGAGUGCGCCAAGCCUAUGAGAUGGUUGAUCGCUAUCAGGUAGUCAACUCGUACGGUUUGUUCAGAAGGAUGACCGGAGUUGGCGGGCGACCCGAGGUUGUCAUUGAGGGAAGCAGUGAUGGGGUCACAUGGACGGAGAUUGAGUUCAUGUAUAAGCCAGGGAAUCUGAGUGCAUCUCCUCCUGUGCUGACACCCCAUCAGCCCAGGCUGGACUGGCAAAUGUGGUUUGCUGCUCUUGGGCCCAAUACGCAAUCUCCAUGGUUCACCAGCCUGAUGUACAGACUCCUGCAAGGAAAACGAGACGUUAUUGAGCUGAUUCAGUCGGAUGUAUCCCAGUAUCCAUUUCACCAGCAGCCGCCUGCCUACCUGCGAGCUCACCGCUACAGAUACUGGUUUACCGAAUCAAAGGCUGACGGCUCUUUCCCAGAGCGCUGGUGGAGGAGGGUCUAUGAUGAGGAGUUCUAUCCCAUAGUGCAUCUGGGAAACAGUUUCCUAGAAGGCAUGCUCAACCAAUAUGGACUUAAGGACAAGUCUCCUCCGCGCCGUUUGUCCAACACCACUGUUGCCCAAGCGGUGAGGUGGGUGCGCUCUCAGGUCAGAGGUCUCCCUGCGCACACACUCAUCUGGACCCUGAUUGCCUGCAGUGCCACCUUCUGUCUACUUCAGGGAUUGCGACAUAAAAACAAAGAUGCAGAGAAGCCUUUAAACGCUCACAAGGCCACAGCGACCGAUCGUACUGAAAAUGCGGCCGACGGCUCUUCUUCAGACCAUCAUGAGAAGUCUGAUGAACAGCAGGCAGAUGAGGAGGAGGAUGACAAAGAAGCAGACAGUGAAGACGAGGUGGAAGAGGAGGGAGAAGAGGAGAACGAAGUUGAUGAAGAAGAUGAGGACGAAGAAAGGAUAGAAAAAAGAUGAGGGCCUUGAAAAAGGUGCUGGUAAUCCAUCGUAGACUGUUAUCACGUCUGCCUUUAUAAAAUGUUACCAAGAUGACCAAAGAAGAUGUUUUCUGUAUUUUUGUGUGUCCCGAUCAGCCACUCGUUAACAACAUGCCUGCUUUGUUUCACCAACACUUCACUGUACCUCUCUGUAUUUCUGCUUCAUCACUUUGCAGAAGUUUUUUAAACAUUUUAAUGCCUUCCUUGUCAGUUCUGACAUAUACAGCUGAACACCUGGAGAAGACCAGUUAAAAAAAAACCCAAACAAAUCAUGUAGAAUGAAACGAAACAAUGAUGUGGGCUCUGGUUUGUGUAGCGUUGACGCUACUGUUCGGCACAGUUUGUCUCCGGCCUCUGUUGUUUGCAUCUUGCUGUAUGUACAGAACUAAUCACACAAGCACUUUUCCCCUUUUCUACAAACAUAUGUGUGUUUUGGGUUUUGUUUUUGUUUAAGAUUUCAAAUUAAACACAUGGAACACUAUAGUGUUUUGAAUUUUUUAUAUAUAUAUGUAACAGUACAAUAAAAGCGAAAUUUUGA